ACCUCUUAUUACUACACACCGUCAGUCAAACUCGAAAUGAAAGCCUCCACGGACCCCCCACAAACCAAAACGUGGCCCCAAUACGUCGCCGUCCUCUCAGCCCUUCUGGCCAUGUUUUGUUCCGGAAUCCAUAUGGGUUGGACCAGCCCAACUGUUCCCAAAAUCUUGUCGGACGAAUACCUCUUCGACGUAACCCCAGAAGAGGCUUCCUAUAUUACAAUCAUCGGACCCUUGGGAGAUAUCGUCGGAAACAUCUUGUCUUCGAUUUUAGUAGACUUGAUUGGUCGCAAAUUCACUAUUCUCCUCAUUGGGGUCCCCCAGCUGGUGUCCAUGGCGAUGAUCUACUUCUCCACCUACUCGGUUCUGUUGCUGUACGUGGCGAGGUUCAUCGGAGGCAUCUCCGAAGGGUCCUGUUUCACGAUUCUCCCACUCUACAUCUGCGAGGUAUCCGAACCCAAAAUCCGCGGCCUCCUGGGGGCUUCAUUCUCGCUGAUCCUCAUCUACGGCCUCCUCUUCGUCAACCUAGUGGGGAGCUUCUUCGGCAUCUUCGACGCCGCGUUGAUCUACAUCGCCUGUUCUUUGGUCUUCAUGGCGUGCUUCAGCAUCAUGCCCGAAAGCCCCUAUUACCUCAUCAUGAAGAACAAACUCGAGCAGGCUAAAGCCAGUUUGAGGAGACUACGAGCUUGUGAAGACGUAGAUCUUGAGCUAGCCGCCCUCUCCAAGGACGUGGCAAGACAAAUGUCCGAGAAAGGUCGCUUCAAGGACCUCUACGCCAUCAAAUCCAACAAGAUGGCCGUCAUAGUCAUGAUCAUCCUCCGAGUCCUUCAACAAUUCAGCGGCAUCAGCCCUUUCACCAUGUACGCCCAGCUGAUGUUCAAGGACGCCACUGACGCCAUCCCCCAGCAAUGGGCCGCCAGUCUCAUGAUGCUCAUCCAGUCCUUUGCCACCUUGACGGCGGUGUUGAUAGUGGACGUGAUCGGGAGGAAACCCAUGAUUCUGAUUUCGGUGGGUGGUUGUUGCGUCACGUUGACGUUCAACGCGGUUUUCUUCGUCCUGAGGGACUACACGGACGUGGAGGUGUCCCAUUUGGGUGUGCUGCCGCUCGUUGGGUUGAUCCUGUUCACGAUUUGCUUCUCGUUGGGGCUGGGGAGUGCCGUGAAUUUGCUCCUGGGGGAGUUGUUCCCGGCGAAUGUUAAAGCGUUAGCUGCGUGUUUGCUGAAUAUGAUUUUUGCUGUGGGGAUGUUGACGACUACCAAGUUUUACCAGUUUAUGGCGGAUACGUUUAGCUUGGUUAUUCCUUUUGCGGUUUUUGGGUUGUUCCAGUUCGUGGGGUUUGUUUUCUGCUGGAAAUACGUGCCGGAGACGAAGAACAAGACGUUGGAGCAGAUUCAGCAGGAGUUGAAGGGGAACAAGGAUGCGAAAGGUGCGUUGUAAGAGGGAUUAAAGUGAUUAGGGGGACGUGUUUAUUUAUUUACUAGUUUUUAAUAAAAAUCUUUAAAUUG